AUGGCAAAGUCUUGCGUCACAGCCCAUUUAUGCUCUGACAGCCCUUAUGCAGAUCGCCGGGUUUGCGUGCGGCCAUGCUCAAACGGCAAUGUGGAGCUGUCAAAUCAAACUUGGGUAUGGUACGGUGACGGCAGCUUGCGCUUGAGGGAACUUCCAGAGCUUUGCUUGACACAAGGUGUGAAGGACAACAAGUCCCCACUGGAGCUCGCACCCUGUCAAGAAGUUCUUCCAAAGCAGCGCUUCCUAGACACCAGAGGCGAGAUGACGCUCUUCGCAGGAGUUUGCAUUCGUUUGCAGCCGCGUCAGCAGCCAGAUUUCGAUGCAGGAGAGCUCCUAAAUGGGCUUCCUGGUCGAAGGGGCUACUGCUUGAGGUUGGGCAUUGAUGCAAUGAAGAAUGGCGUUUGGCGCCUGGAGUCAGGUGGUCAGAGCGCGCGGCUACUGGCACGAGGGCGUUUGUUUUCAUCCCUUGGCACGUGGCAUCGUUUGAGAUUGGCUGCAAAUGGCACAGUGAUUCGAGCAUCUUGGUCGGGUACAAAUGAUAUUCGCUGA